UGCUGCACCGCGCUCGCGUCGUUCCACUGCUGUCACUUUGCCGAUGCGAGAAUCGCCCAGCAGCAUCUCAGCCGAGCAGCAGCGCAAAAAAUGCACUGAAAUACGCAUCUUAGGACAUUUCCACCCUCUUUCGUUUUGCCAUGAGGGCGUGUGAUGGGAAUAACGGGGAUGUUCGCACCGGAUUACGUCCCUUUAUUUUGAGAGAAAUGCGGAUUGUUUUGUGCUCGAGGUGUUAACGCAGAAAAAAAUAAUAACUAAAUUAGAAAAAUGAAGAAGCAAUUCAAUCGGAUGCGACAGCUCGCCAACCAGACUGUUGGCAGGGCAGAAAAAACAGAGGUACUGAGUGAAGACCUGCUGCAGGUGGAGAAGCGUUUAGAUCUGGUAAAGCAGGUCUCUCAUAGCACACAUAAGAAGCUGACCGCCUGUCUGCAGGGGCAACAAGGCACUGAUUUAGACAAGAGAUCAGUCAAAUCUCCCUCGAAAAAGUUGCCCCUGACGAUACUUGCUCAAUGUAUGGUGGAGGGAGCGGCUGUGUUAGGAGACGACUCUCUUCUUGGUAAGAUGCUGAAGCUCUGUGGUGAGACAGAGGAGAAGCUGGCCCAAGAGCUGCUCAUCUUUGAGUGUCAGAUUGAAAGAGAUGUUGUGGAGCCCCUAUAUGUGCUGGCUGAGGUGGACAUUCCGAACAUUCAGAAACAGCGAAAACAUUUAGCCAAACUCGUCCUGGACAUGGAUUCUGCGAGGACACGGUGGCAACAGUCAUACAAAUCUUCAAGUCACCCUAGUAAUGUGCAGCAGGGCGGCGCUAAAUCAGAUUCCCUGAGAGAGGAAAUGGAGGAGACGGCCAAUCGGAUGGAGAUCUGCAGGGACCAGUUAUCAGCGGACAUGUACAACUUUGUGGCCAAAGAAAUAGACUAUGCAAACUACUUUCAAACGCUCAUAGAGGUUCAGGCAGAGUAUCACAGGAAGUCUUUGGAGAUUCUGCAGAGUGUGCUGCCACAGAUCAAAGCUCACCAGGAGGCCUGGAUAGAGAAGCCAUCGUAUGGAAAGGCCCUAGAGGAACAUCUAGCAAUCAGUGGCAGGGAGAUUGCGUUUCCUAUCGAGGCGUGUGUCACCAUGCUGCUCGAAUGUGGCAUGCAGGAAGAGGGUUUAUUUCGGGUGGCCCCCUCGGCCUCCAAGCUGAAGAAACUGAAGGCAUCACUGGACUGCGGGGUCAUGGAUGUGCAGGAGUACUCGGCCGACCCACAUGCCAUCGCAGGAGCCUUGAAGUCUUAUCUUCGUGAACUUCCUGAACCUCUAAUGACCUUUGAACUCUAUGAUGAAUGGAUUCAAGCUUCAAAUAUUCAAGAUAUGGAUAAAAGACUGCAAUCCCUUUUGUGUACAUGUGAGAAACUACCAGCGGACAAUCUGAACAACCUCAGAUAUUUAAUCAAAUUCUUAGCCAAACUCACGGAGCAUCAAGACUCUAAUAAAAUGACACCAGGUAAUAUUGCAAUAGUUCUUGGACCCAACCUGCUAUGGACACAUUCAGAAGGGAACAUGACGGAAAUGAUGACCACCAUGUCCCUGCAAAUCGUCGGCAUCAUUGAGCCGAUCAUCCAGCACGCUGACUGGUUCUUCCCUGGAGAUAUUGAGUUCAACCUGACAGGCAGCUAUGGCAGCCCGGUCCACACCAACCACAACUCCAACUACAGCUCCAUGCCCUCGCCUGAUAUGGACCAAUCAGAGCGCAAGCAGCAGCAUGACCAGAGCCGACGCCCACUCAGUGUUGCCACCGACAACAUGAUGCUGGAAUUCUACAAGAAGGAUGGCAUUAGGAAAAUUCAAAGUGUGGGUGUCAGAGUCAUGGACACAUCGUGGGUGAAGGGCAAAAGUUCCUCUACACUGACCCGCAAAUCCUCAUCCACGCCUCCCAGCGCACAAGCGCCCGGCUCUCCUGCGGACACCCUGAUCACCGAGCAGCCCGGUGAGCUGGCCACAUCUCCAAUCCCCACUCCCCCUCCUGGAGACAGGGGCAGCUCAGACGACGUGUCGCCCAAUCGGCCGGAUUCCUCACAUGUCUAUUCGUCCCACGUGGAGGAGCGGCCACCCCCUCCGUACCCUUCCUCGUCCUCCCAUCCCGGCCCUCACCACUUCUACCCCAAGCCCCCUCCCUGCUCUCGACCCGUCGCCCCCGGGCCCGAGUCCCAGCCUCCCAGCUCCCCGCCUCAGCCCCUGCGCUGGGCAGGCUUCACCCCACCCCUUCCCCUACCCAUACCACCCCCGUCUUCUUCAUCCACCUCCUCUUCACUCGAUAUCAAUUCUAAUCCCAAGCCUAGCUGCCUGCACUUUCCCAAACACGUCCCCGUGUGUGACGCGCCGCAUGCCGCUCCGCCUGACCCCAAUGCCUCGCCCCCCUACUUUAAAACCCCUCUCGUGCUGACCCGCCACGACUUGUCCCUCGGAAACCCCCCUAGCCUCCCCUCCUCCGCCCCACCGCCCUGGGCCGCCUGUCCAUGUUCCCGCGAGAGAGGACCCCCCAGGCUGACUAGCACUCUGAAGAGCAAGGAGCUCUCUCCUGUGAUUGGCCACAAGGCUAUGCAGGCGUCAGGAGCAACAGUGCCCCCUGUCAGCGGUCAGCAGAGCAACAGCCAGUCUCCCCACUCUGCCGAGCACAGCCCCCACACCUUACGUAAUGCCUCUAAGAAACUGGCCCCCGUGCCGCCCAAGGUUCCCUACGGCCAGUCGGGGGGGAUGUCAGACCAAUCCACAGGUCAGCCGUCUCCGGUCAGCCUGUCCCCCACUCCCCCAAGUACUCCCUCCCCAUACGGUUUGGGCUGUCCCCCUGGACACGCACCCACCUCUUCCCCUGGCCAGACCCCAUUAGGGGGACCCCAUACGUUGUCCUCACUGCCCUCUCUGACUGGUACGCUCACAAAGUCCCGACCCACCCCAAAGCCCAGACAGAGACCCAGUCUACCCCCUCCCCAGCCACCCACCGUCCCCCCUACGGCCCCCCAGCCCCUGGAUCAGGGUCUACUUGACGGAUUGUCCCCCGGGGAGAGCAUGUCCACAGCUGUGUGAGGCCAGGGACUGAGUGUGGGCUGAGUGUGAGGGGGACAUUUAGGGUAAGCCAGAACCUGCUGUGCCCGUUCCAUAGCCUCAUCUCACACUGUCUGGCCUGGUGCUGUGGCUGAAUCUGGGGCCUCUACCGCAGCCUUGUUCUCUGUCUCAUACCGUAAAACUUCCUUCUCCAGCUCUGUCAUUCUCUCCCAGUCGCGGGGCUGUCCUUGGCUUCCUCAUUCUGUCAGUGUAGUCUGUGCAUGGUGUGAAACUGGUCUAUGCAUGGCUUAUGGCCUUACUUUUCCGAGCAGCAUCACACAUUUGCCAGCGUCGUCGCUUAUGAAGUCCAUCUCAACGCGUCCAGCCCUGACCUCACAUCGUGAUCCAUUCCCCCUCCCAAUGUCCCCACCACCACAUAGGUGGGCCCAGGUAAACCCUAACCAAACUCGCUUUGAGUCGAGUCCAUCGCACAAUGACAGUAUAACUCUCUGCCCCCCACAGUCGUGACUACACCAUCUUGCGACCAUUUCAUUCUUACACAGGGGAGGUCAUCACAAUCAGAUACAGUCCACCAAUCCACAAAGUCCACUGACAAGUUUCUUAAUGUUACCGCAUUUUCAAUUUACACCCAUCUUGUUGUCUAUGUGUAGAGUAUUUUGUUCAUUGUGGUCAGUGUUGGGGGUAACACGUUACAAGUAACAUAACGUUGCGCAUAUUUCUUGUUGAGAAUCAAGUAAAGUGACGUGUUAGUAUUAACAUUUAUGCUACAGUACUUUUUCGAACAUGGAACAGGUUUAGUGUAGUAUGUAAACACUUAUGUAACAGAGCAUAAGUAACAUAAUGGUAACAGUGCAUAAGUAACAUAAUGGUAACAGUGCAUAAGUAACAUGUAACAUUAACAGAGUAUAUGUAACAGUGGUAACAUCGCAUAAGUAACACGUAAUGUUAAUAGCACAAGUAACACAAUGGUAACAGUGCAUAAGUAACACAUAAUGUUAACAGAGCAUAAGUAACAAAAUGGUAACAGUACAUAAGUAACACGUAAUGUUAACAGAGCAUAAGUAACACAAUGGUAGCAGUGCAUAAGUAACACAUAAUGUUAACAGUGCAUAUGUAACACGUAACGUUAACAGAGCAUACGUAACACAAUGGUAACAGUGCAUAAGUAACACAUAAUGUUAACAGAGCAUACGUAACACAAUGGUAACAGUGCAUAUGCAACACGUAACGUUAACAGAGCAUACGUAACACAAUGGUAACAGUGCAUAUGUAACACUUAACGUUAACAGAGCAUACGUAACACAAAUGGUAACAGCACAUUAAGUAACACAUAACAUUAACAGAGCAUAAGUAACACAAUGGUAACAGCGCAUAAGUAGCACGUAACAUUAACAGGGCACAAGUUACGUAAUAGUAACAGUCCAUAAGUAACACUUUAUUACUAAUAAGUAAUAUUACUUUUCUGUAAAUUAUCUGAUACAAUUGGAAACAUCCUAUUACAAUUAACUUACAUGAAGUGUAUUCACGUUACUGAUAAAUAGCAUACUAAAGCCACCUUAAAUUCUGUAACAAGCAUGUUACAAACAGACACAUGUGUAAAGCAUUUUUUUUCCAGAAAUUGUAACUCCUGUAUAAAAACACUUAUGCAGUCUUUGUGUGAUAAACAAUCAUAAAUGUGGUUUCAUGCUAUAUUUGUUGUUGUGGGCAAAUCAUGUCAGGAUAUAUAAUACUUUUCACAGUUAAAUUACCUAAAAAUUUCUAUAAGCCAAGCAGGAAACCACCAUUCUAGAAGACAGAGAGCCUUAGCUAAUUGACGCCUGGACAAAAUAACACAAAAAUAUCACUUAACAUUUCAUAAAAGCUAACAAUGUAAUCGAAGUACAUGUAACGUGUUACUAUUUAAAGUAACAUUCCCCAGCACUGAUUGUGGUGAACUGUUGAUUCUAUCUUUGUUUCUUUCUGAAAAGCUGCAAAAAGCUUUAUGUGGUACUUUAGAUUUCAUAUGAGCAUAGCAGAGAUUUUGCACUGAGGCAGGACAGGUUUAAUUUCAAAUGAAACAGAUAUUUCACCUUCCUCCCCAAUGGCUCAGUGUAACAGAAUCACUGUGCAGAAUGCCAGGAAACAGUCUGAUGUGCCCCUCUCCUGAUGCAACCCAUAUUAAACACUCUUCGCUGACUUCACGUCUAACAGUGGUCUGGGAACUAAAUUUGCUUUUUGCUCUCUCUCUCUCCUUGUUUCGUUUUCAACAUCCUCAUCAUCGCAUUUCCACCGUUUCUCUCUGUACCGUAAACUUGUCUUGUCACUUCACUUUUGUGGCCAUCGCUCUCAUUUGCAUGAUCCUAUAGCAGAUUUCUUCAGUUUGGAAAUUCCCUCCAUCAACGUCAAUCUGGACAGCCUGUUGGAUGAGUUCAGGGUGGUCCCAUGUCGGAGCUCCUUUGCUGUGAUCAGCUCUCCGGAGGGGGAGUCCGUGUCCGAGGAGGAGGGCCAA